UAACAGCUUCCCUCUCCGGGCCAAAGUCUGCUGGAUCCAUGUAUGGCCAGUUUGUUCUGUCACGAGGAAGCAGCGUGGCGUGGGACCCUAAUGCAGGACCCCAAGGUGAUGACAUUGUUUUCGACGGUGGUUUAAUUCCAGGCAGACGUCAUACACAGCUCGCUUGAUGACAGUCACCCCGUAUCACCAUAUUGAAACAGGUUGACCGAAUGGAGACAGCAGGAGUUUAUGAGAUUGAUGUGGCGACCAGAAGAAUUGUGGGGGGGAAUGAUUCGCCCACUCAACAGGAGAACCUUUUUCAGGAGGAGGUUCCAGUGUUUGACUUGGAAUUGUGCUGCACAGAGGAAGUGAGAGGAGAAACCCCUGGCAGAGAGGACAGCCCAAGUGACUUGAGAGAAGCAGAGCUCGACCCUGGAGCUGAACCUAAAUCUGCUGAAGAAGAUACAUUUGGAAAGGAGGUUGUGUUACUUAUGCAGGCCUUGGAUUCCUUAGCCACACCUGAAGAAAAAUUGGCUGCUUUGUGCAAAAAAUAUGCAGACCUGUUGGAAGAGAGCCGUUGCAUGCAGAAGCGUCUGAAAGCCUUGCAGAAGAAGCAGUCUCAAAUCGUUAAAGAGAAGAUCCACCUGCAGGGGGAGCACAGCAAAGCUAUCCUGGCCCGCAGCAAGUUGGAGAGCCUUUGCAGGGAGCUCCAAAGACACAACAAGACUUUGAAGGAAGAGAAUGCGCAGCGGUCCAGAGAGUAUGAAGAGCAACGCAAGGAAGCCAUGCUUCACUUUCAGAUGACGUUAAGUGAUAUUGAGGUCCAGAUGGACCAACACAGCUCUCACAACACUAAGCUGAGGCAGGAGAAUAUGGACCUUGCUGAGAAGCUGAAAAAGCUCAUUGAGCAAUAUGAGCUAAGAGAGGAGCACAUAGACAGAGUGUUCAAGCACAAAGAGCUACAACAACAGCUUAUGGACGCUAAAUUGCAGAAAAUCACUGAAAUGAUGAAGGAAGUGGAGGAGAAACAGCACCGAGAGAGAAACUUUUUGCUAAAAGAUGCCACAGAAUCAAGACGCAAGUGUGAGAUGAUGAAAGAACAAGAAGUUCAGCUCAAGCAGCAGCUUUCCCUCUACAUGGACAAGUUUGAGGAAUUUCAGAGCACUCUGGCUAAAAGCAACGAAGUCUUCACCACUUUCAGGCAAGAGAUGGAGAAGAUGACCAAGAAGAUAAAAAAGCUGGAGAAAGAAACCACACAAUGGAGAACUAAAUGGGAGGGGAACAACCAGACUUUACUGCAGAUGGCAGAGGAGAAAACCCUUCGUGACGGCCACUACAAGGCUCUCCGGGGCAAGUUGGAGCUUUUGGAGAGGCUGUGCAGAGCUCUGCAGAAGGAGAGGAAUGACCUCAAUAAUCAACUGAGUCUACUGCAGGAGCAGGGAGAUGAGCCACGAGAGUUAACAGGGGAGGAAGAUGGUGAGGACGAGAAGCUGAAGAGUAAGGGAAUCAAUAAAGCUCCCAGACCGCCUGAGAUACAGUCCACAUUGGCCGUUGAAAGCACCACUAGUUUGUUGUCAAGCCAGCCCUUAGAAACCAAACUCACGUUGCUGGACUGAGCUUGCGUGUGUGCAUUUGAUUUUUUUCUAAAAUCUACACUUACAUCUCCCGUUUUCUACAUGAACAAGAAAUCUUUUUGUCCAGUAGUUUAAGAUUAAUAAUUUGGUUUUAUGAUUGAAUUCUUCUUUAAAUCUGUGAUUUCCAUCUUUGGAGUGUUUUUUAAUAACUGGGGUUUGUGAGUACUUUUUUUUUUUUUCAAUCAGUAUUUUCAUAGGUAAUGUUCACAGAAGUCUCUGUUUUUAUGAUGUCAAUGCAAUUUUAGAUUAUUCUUAGAUGAAUUCAGAGGUGAGUAUUUCACCCUCAAAUCUGAAUGUGAUCAACUAAUUUGCCAUCUUUACUGAGCAUUGUUUAUUGAAUGUGAUUUUCAUACCUUAAUCAUAGUGUGACCAACAUUCUUUUUAGAUAUUAAAAUAUGUGUUCCAUAUGGUUGGUUCUGGCUGUUCAAAUUAUUAGUAGGGAUGAUCCAUUUCAGCAAUUAAGUCUUACUUUAUUUACUACUGUUGACAGGGAAUAUGUUUAUAAAUUGCCUCUCAGCAAACAGCCAUAUUUUAUUGGAAUUGUAGCCUUUCAUUUUUUUUCAUCCGAUCAUUUGUUUAAUUGCUUGCCCUGUCUUGACAUCCUCAUGUUUACUCCCAGCAAAUAAAAUAAGGGAUGCUUAUGUCCCUGUUUGAAUAUUUAAACUA